AUGGCUGCAUCACUAAGGGAAGCUUCUGCCAAUCUGGAAGUUCUGGAGGCCAGACAUGAGGGAAAGAAGAAAUCUAAAUUUAAAGCCUUCAAGAAUUUUUUUGGCAAGAAGAAGAGAAAAGAGCCUGAAGGUAUCCAGAGAAGAGGAAGCAGCUUGAAACCAAGCUCGUCCAACAGCAGCAUCAACAGCUCUUCUCUGAAUCUGGUUCAGGAAGGUCAACAAUCUACAUUUAGGGUCAGGGGAAACAUGAGCAAAUCCCUUUCCCAUGAAAGCGUCUUCAGGUCGAAGUCUGAGCUUGAAAGCCCAGAACGUAAAAUAUACCCCUCUCCAGAGCCCCAGAGUGGCAGAUCUCUGAAGAGAGCUCAUAUUUCCAGAACUCUGUCUAUCACUAGUAGUGUGCAUAGACCUGUUUCUGGAACUCUGCUUGGAGUUAUACCCCAUUACGUGCACAGAAGUGGAAUCUGGAUUGGAGGCUCCAAGAUCACUGAGAUUCCACCACUGCGCUCAUGCCAGCCCAUCAACCCAACCCUGAUACGAUCUGACACAAUCCCUAAGGACUUUGAAGAAAUCUCUGCUGCUGCUGAGUCACCUAAGACCCCACAAAAGGCUUUUCCACCGAUGUUGACAACGGAAAAGAGCUCCUUUGAGCCCUCAUCUAUACCCAUGCGUGCACAGUCCUUGACAACAUUUGCCACGCUCACCUCUCCCAGCAGUCCCCAGCUAUCCGUUAGUUUCAGCACCCCAGCUACCACCCAGGGCUGUUUGGAUUCUUCAGCUGCUCGACACAAGAUGGCUUUAAACCCCCGAAAACAAAAGAAGUACCUUCAAGCGACUAUGAAGCCAAAGCAGGAGGAGCCAGGCCUCCCACUGGUUUCUGAAGAGAAAACCAAACCAAAAGCAGUUACCCAAAAGAAGCUCAAAGACAGUGCAGGUCCCUCAAGUCAGGAACAGAGCAUCAAAACUGAGAUUUAUAAGACAACAGACCAGGCUGCAAAUGCAGAUACUGUUGAGAGUCCGGGCUACUCAUGGCCAGCAGCAUAUGGGAGACGGUGUGGAAAAAAAGAAUCAAGUGCUUCAGAAAAGAAUGAGUGUGGAUCCAAAGGAUGGGGCUUUAUACAACCUAGUCGAAGGCCUAGCUUAGGUAAUAGAGCUGGGUACUCAUCUGCUGAUAAGAUUGCCAGGGAUAGCCCUUUCUGGCGCUUUUCCUUGGAGAGACAAGUCAUGAAGCAGCCCAGAGCUCCACAAGUAGAAACCGCUACUCCUCAUGAGUUGCUUUCAGAUGAAAAUGACAUGAGAAGGAGAAUGGCUGGUUUAGAUUUUAAAACAAGAAAAGCAUCAUUAUCAUAUCUCAGACCUAAAGACAUGAAAGAGUCCAUGGCUAGUGGUCCAUCACAAUACCACGAAGAUGGAACUAAGAAGUCAGAAGCCAUAACUUCUCUUUCAUCAGUGGUGGAAAACCCUUAUAGCCAAGAAGUCAUCAUGUUUUCAGUGACAGAGAAGGCUCAGGUGCAUAUCGAUCCUUCUCAUAUUCAGUCAGAAGAGGAUGCUUCCAGCUUUGAUUCAAAAAAUGACCAAUUUGAAAUGAAGUCAGCUCAAGAUAACUCAACUAUCUGCGAAGAAACACCUUCUGGAAAUGUCAUCCAGGCCUUUCCAGCAAGUGUUUUGGAUAUGGCAAGUGCUUUGCCAGAGGGAGGAAUUUCUGUAAAGAGGCUGCCUCCCAGAAGCCUUUCCCAAUCUUUGGAGAAGCCAGAAGCUGAAGAAGUCUCCUCAUAUUCAGACAUUAGUGCUUCUUCAGAGGAGGGCAAUGGUUCUGAACAGAAGCUGGAUCCUGAAUAUUCUUUCCAGUCCAUGAUGAAGUCCAAAGAUGAUCAAGAAACCUUCCCAGAUUCUAACAGUUUUCUUGGGAACUUAUGCAGUUCUCAUGAGCAGCUGGCUCCCAGAUGUGCUUCCCAGGCUUUGGAGGAGCCUGAAGACAAAGUGCCCACAGAAUCAAAUAGGAAUUCUGAAAAAUACAGUAAUCCUAAUGAUUGGAGCAGUUCUGAGGAAGAUAUGCCUCCCAGACAUCCUUCCCCAGCCUUAGGGAUGCCCACAGCCCAACAGGAAAUCUCAGUUUCAAAGAAUACACUUGAGGAGGAGUUGGUUGUAUCUGUGGAGCAGACUCCUCCCAGACACCUUCCUCAGCCCUCUGUGAAGCCAUCUGUUCAGCAGCAACUCGCCUCAGGUUCAGCAAAUGCUUUUUCAGAUUGGGUGUCAACGCCUCCCAUGAACUUUUUCCAUCACUGGCUGAGCCCUACAUCCGAGGAAGAAGCAUCUGCAGGUCAAGAAAAUAUUGCUCCUGAGUGGGGCAUUUUUAUGGAGCCGCUGCCUCCCCGAGUGCAUUCAAGGCGCCUGAUGAAGCGUAAAGUUGAGCAACCAAUCUCCUCAGGGUCAGAAAUUGCUACUAUUGAAGGGAUCAUGUCUACAGAGCUGAAGCCUUCAAGAAAUAAUUCUCAGCACCCAGUGAAAUCAAUAGCUGAACAAGAAAUCUCUGCAGGUCCAGAGAGCACAGUUGUUAAGGGGAGCAUUUCUAUGGAGCCUCCUUUUCCUAACAUUUUUGCCCAGCCCAUAAUGAACCCAAAAGUUGAACAAAAUGUGUUCUUAGGUUCAGAGGGUGCUGAUAAGGCCAUUUUAGUGGAGAUAACACUCCCUGAAUGCUCAACAAAUCCUCAAGACCAGCAUGUCUUCUCAGAGAACACUGCUGGUAAUAAGGACAUGUUUGUGGAACCCCUGCCUCCAGACUACCCUGUCCAGACAUUGGCGAAGCUUAACUUCCAGCCACAGACUAUUUCCAGCAACCCAGGGAGUGCUUCCACAGAAUGGAGCGAUCCUGUGGAGCUGAUGCCUCCCAGACACAUAAUGGGCUCCUGGGUGAGCACCAGCUUUGAACAACCCUCUGCAAUUCCAGAGAGCACUGCUGUGGAGUGGGGAAACCCUACAGAGCCACUGCUUCCCAAAAUGUCUUCUCAGUCCCUAAGGAGACCAGUUGCUGAGCAAGAAGUCUUCUCAUGUUCGAUGAGCGCUUCUGAAGAAUGGAGUGGUCUUGUGCAGCUGAAGUCUUCUCUAUACACUUUGCAGCACUGGGUGAGCCCUAAAUUUGAGCAACAAACCAAUGCAGGUCCAGAGCCUUUACAGUGUUGCAUGAAAUCAGUAGUCAAACAACCAAUCUCUGCAGGUCUAAAGAGUGUUGCCAUUGAGGGGGACACUUCUACAGAGAUGCUGCCUCCCAGACAUUGGUCCAUUGUGAGACAUAAAAUCCAGAAAAUGAUGCCAACUUCUGAGAAUGCUGUUGUUGGGUGCAUUUCUGAGAGGCCACUGCCUAUCGAAUAUCCCACCCACUUCUCAAAGCCUAGCAUUCAAGAAAUAUCCUUACAUCCAGAGAACACUGCUGUUGAAGGAGGCAUGUCUAAGAAAUCACUACAUCCCAAGUGUCCUCAGUCAUUUGUGAAAUUUAUGGCACAGCAUGUCUUUUCAGAGAGCCCUAAUAUGGAGGAGCAGGUUUAUGUGGAUCCUCUGUCUUCUAAUCAACCUUCCAAAUAUUUGUUGAAGCCUACAGUUGAGCACCAAGUUUUCUCAGGUUGUGAGAGUGCUGAUAUCGAGGGAGACAUUUCUUCAAAGCUGGUGCCUGCAAAAUGCCCUUUACAGUCCUCGGGGAGGCUUGAAGACCCACAAGGAGUUUUCUCAUAUUCAGAAAAUGCUCCUGUUAAGUGUAGCUAUCCCCAAGAGCAACUGCAUCCUGGAUACCUUUCCGAGGCAUGGGGGAAGCUUAAGUGUGAGCAAGAAGUCUCCACAGUUUCUGAGAGCUCUCUUAAAGAAUGGAAGAGUUCUGAAGAGCAGCUGCCUUCCAGAGGCCCUAUCCAAGCUGAGGAUGGGGCUGAAUUCCAGCCACAGAUGUCCUCAUCAGGCUCAGUCAGUGUAUCUGUAGAGAGGAGCAGUGCUGAGAAUCGGUUGCCUCCCAGACACCCUUUUCAGGCUUUUGCAGACCCUCAAUAUAAGCAACAAGUUUAUUCAAGUUCCAUGAGUAUUGCUGCCAAGGGAAUCAUUGUUGAGAGCAAUCCUAGCAGCCAAGCCCUUCCAAGAGGUCCAGCUUCUCCAAGCAAAACUAGGGGACACAGCCAAGACUCUGAAGACCUCUUUAAGAACAUUUUGACUCCUGAUACCAAAUCUGUGAAGUUCGCCCUUGCUCCUGCCUGGCCACCAUCCACUUCUGGGGACACUUACACUAAGGAGGAUGUUCUUGAGAGUAGUGAUCAAAAUAACGACUAUUCAAAUUUAUCCAACAGUGAGGCUGAUGUUGAAAACCUCUUUGGAGUUCGACUGAAGAGAAUCCCUUCCUUAGAGAAGUACAAGAGUGAGGAACAAAACCAUUCUACCAAGCUUCCUUCACUCUCCUUAGACCCAGUUUCAUCUUACACAGACAGAGAACCACAAAUCAUAAGUGCUUCCCAAGGGCUCCUGGGCAUCUCCAAGAACCUUACCACAACAUCUGACAUUGCAGAGAAGCAAGAGAGCAAGCCCAAAUCUGACAGCAUGCUCAAGAAGAAACCUGAUUACAAGAUCCCAGGAAAGGCUCCUGGUAAACUAUCAGGUUAUGCCACCUUAGACCCAUCUUGGAUAACCAGGGUCAAGCAGAAGGAGAAGAAUUCCCCGACCCAGGCUCCUACGAAAGAGCUGAAUAUAGCUGGAGCAAAGGCUGACACUAAGGUGCCUAGAUAUGAGGGAGCUGACCUUGCAAAACAAAGCCAACAAAGAGAGAUUUCCACUUCCAACGUCAAUAGACAGGAGAAGAAGGCAGAGAUGAAGUUACCUGACUCUAUCAAAGCAGUAGGAUAUGAAAAUGAGGAGAUAAUUGAAGUGCUUGCCAUGAGAAAAGAAACCAGAAAACCUUCAGCUCAUCCAGCCAUGUUCCAAGAGCCAGAUGAGCCAAUCUGGUUCUCCAUGGCCAAGAAGAAAGCCAAAGCAUGGAGCCACAUAACAGAAACCAUGCAAUAAAUAGCUCCUGGGUGGAGCAUCAGCAUUUCAAAUGAUAA